AUGAAUCCUCUGGAGUUCUCAGGAGGAGCUGACCCUACAGUGGCUGAAAAUUGGAUGCAAGAGAUUGAGAAAAUUCUGACGGUACUCCACUAUACGGAUGAGAAGAGGGUUCUCUAUACUACCUAUAAACUGAUAGGGGAGGCUAAGAGAUGGUGGGUGGCUACGAGGUUAUUAGAAGAGCAGAGGCCCAUACCAGUGGUUAUGACCUGGAGUCGAUUUAGGGAGGUGUUCUUCAAUAGAUAUUUUCCUGCUACCGUCAAAGAGGCUAAGUAUGCAGCGAAAUUUGUUGAGCUGAUAUGUUUUGCCCCCUACAUCAUCCCAGAUGAGGUGAAAAAGGCAAAGAUGUUUGAGAGGGGCUUGAGGCGAGAGAUUUAUAAACAAGUGGCAGUUUUGAAGCUGCAGGACUUCUCUAAACUUGUUGAUAGAGCCAUAGUAGUAGAAAAGAGUGAGCAGAAAGAUAUGGGAGCACCGAGCCAGAGGAAGAAGCCUACGCCUCCAGGUUUCUAG